AUGCCCAUAUUGCCAGUUUUGCUUGAAACUCUCAAUAAGCUAAUUGCCAACUCAAGACGUCCAUACGAGCGGGACAUUUACGUCGAACUAUGUCUCACGGUUCCUGUUCGAUUAUCCGUUUUGGUCCCACAUUUGAACUACUUGACCACACCUUUAGUCCAUGCACUUAAUGGCUCUCAAGAGCUCGUGAGUCAAGGUUUGCGGACGUUUGAGUUAUGUGUUGACAACUUGACUGCAGAGUAUUUUGAUCCGAUGAUUGAGCCCGUAAUUGACGAGAUCAUGGCCGCAUUGUGGAAACAUCUAGAGCCUGUUCCGUACCACCAUCAGCAUUCGCAUACUGCAAUCCGUAUUCUAGGAAAACUCGGCGGAAGAAACCAUAAGCAUAUGAAACCUUGCAAGGACUUGAAACCUCAAUCGGAAUUGGAUCAGGAGGUAAAAGCAUUGUUCACGAUUCACGGUUUCAAGGACCGUGUUCCCCUUUCAAUUACUCCCGGUGUCGAGUCUGCUAUCAAGUUGAUCGAGGAUCCAAGGCUUAAAGCCCACUACCGUAUAAGUGCAUACAAUUAUUUGUCUAGUAUCUUGAAAUUGUUCAUUGACACCACUCCAAUACCGCCUGACUAUGCACUUUAUAUCCAAGAACAGGUUGAGGUUUUGAAAAUGGAUCAGCUUACCGAGAUCCCUGAACUUGAGCCAUCCGGGGUCCAAGAUGCAGCAAAGCUCGACAAUCAGCAGAAACUCUUCUCUCGUUUGUUGGAGGUGCUCUUCUUUUCUUUAUCUAUCCCCGAGAUCAAGGAUGAAGCAAGUACAUUGAUUGAUAACAUUACAAACCACUUCACAUUGCUCCAUUUGGGCACUUCUGUCAUUGGAAAGAUCAAAAAGGAUCGCCCUUUUUCAGUCAAAGACCAAGAAGGCAAAGCGUACAUUAGCGAGACUGUUUUUUUCAACGCCCUUAAUUACGCAUUGAGUUUCUGGGAUCGGUCUGUUCGUGAAAAGGGUGUGGAAACAAUUAAGAACAUCCACAAAACGGCUGUCGUACUAUUUGGUUCCGAAACUGAUGUCUUGUGUUCACCUUUAUUCCGUGCAAUGUUUUACAAAUUUACUCAUUGCUGUUAUAGCGAGUAUUAUCACAGCAAACUUGGAGGUGUGUUGGGUCUUAAAACCAUGCUUGAAGAUUUGAAUAUUCCUCCUCAGUGGUUUUUCAAACGGCAAUUUGAGCUUGUUAGAUCUAUUUUCUUUAUCUUGAGGGAUACACCUGAUAGUGCACCUUUUGAAGUGAGAGAAUUGGCGAAGAACUUGGUGUUGAAAAUUUUGAAGGAGUGCAAUUCAAAUGUUUCGGAAGAAACGGUACUGGAGAAGCCUUUCCAGACACUCGUGGGAGCUUUGGUGUAUGAUUUGGCCAGCGCUGUUCCAAUAGUAAGAGAAGUUUCACAAAAGUCGUUGAAAGUCUUAUCAGAUGCGACAGGCGUUCCUAUUGCUACUAUAAUCGGCCCCUCCAAGCACUUGUUAUUGACUCCAAUUUUUGGUAAACCAUUGCGGGCUUUACCCUUCCCAAUGCAGAUUGGAAACAUCGAUGCCAUUACAUACUGUUUGGGCUUGGAAAAUUCCUUCUUGACCUUUAACGAUGAGCUUAACAGACUUCUUUUAGAAGCUUUGGCUUUAGUUGACGCGGAAGACGAAUCUUUGGCGAAUGUUCAUCGUCUUUAUGAACACCGUACUUCAAAGCAAUUGAUUGAACUUCGUGUUGUUUGCAUCCGGUUGCUUUCUAUGGCUUUGGUUAUGCCAGGCUUUUCUUUGGGAUCACUUUCCGAGGCUAGAAUCAGAAUCUUGGGUGUGUUCUUCAAAGCUUUGUGUAACAAGUCCACUGAAAUCAUAAACGCUGCACACCAAGGAUUGAAGUCCAGCCUUGACGAAAGUGCCAAGCUUCCAAAAGAGUUAUUGCAAAAUGGUCUCCGGCCAAUGCUCAUGAACUUGUCUGACCAUAAAAAAUUGACUGUUUCUGGUCUUGAAGCAUUGGCUAGGUUACUCGAGUUGUUAAUUUCGUACUUUAGAGUGGAAAUUGGUCGCAAAUUGCUUGAUCAUUUGAUGGCUUGGGCUCAAAUAAAUACCUUGCGCCAAAUUGCUGGCCAGGAUCUAGAAAACAACCACACGGUUCAGAUUGUGAUGGCAAUUUUGAAUAUUUUCCACCUUUUGCCCGCUAAGGCGUACACUUUCAUGGAAGAGAUAAUCAACACAUUGCAAUAUCUCGAGGGACAUUUGGACAGACACCAAAACUCUCCUUUUAGAACGCCAGUUUUGAAGUUUUUGAACCGUUUCCCUGAAAAUUGUUUGGAGUAUUACUUGUCCCACUUCAAAAACCGGAAAUUGGGUAAUAUGUUGGCAUAUUUUGCUGGAGCUGAAAACGGACCAAAAAUCCGUGAGGUGGCAAAACAAAAGAUGGAUGGAAUAAUCACUGACCUCCAAAACGAGGCUUCCAACGAGAUCUUGGUGAUCAAAUUCGCCAAUACGGUUGACUUGAUUGCAGCUAUCUCCAAUUAUGAUAAAGAAUGGUUUGCAGAACAAGCUCCUCUUCUUAGAAACUUGUCAAACUUGACUGAAAGGAUCAUGGGCGUAAAGAAUCAGUUACCAUUGGUAUCUACCACUCACCUUCAAGUAGAUCAAGCAGUCUCCAAACUUCAGACUAUCGUUGUGAGAUACAUGGAACAAGCUCCUACGGAGACAGACCUUCUUUUUGAAGUGAUUAACCAGUUCAGCAUUCUAGACAUUAAGAUUCAUGAUCAAGUUGAAAACUUUAUCUUUGAACGCGUUGUCAAAUCAACUGAUGUUACUUUUAAGCAAACAUACAUGACCAGAUGCGUGGAAUUUAUUGCUUCAGACAGCCAUUUGAAAGCUAAAAUUCUUUUGUUGAAAAGAGUUUUUGACUCGAUUCUUUUGUAUUCUAACCAUGAGUAUCACAGUGUCGAUGCAUUAUUUGCUGAUGGUCCUGAGUGGUUAGAGAAGUUGAAUGAAAAUAUUUGGAAAUCCACCAACGACAUCAUUACUGACCGCACGUCUGGUACAAUUGAUACUUACAGAUUUGCUUUACUUGAAACAACAGCUAUCUUGCUCAAAUGGGCGCCUGAACAGAUCAGCAACUACAGGAAGGACAUCAUUAAGUUUAGUUGGAAUUAUAUCAAAUUGGAGGAUAAUAUCACGAAACUCGUGGCUUAUGUGACGACUUCCUACUUUAUUGCUGCUUACGAAACUCCAUCUCAACUUGCUACUCAGGUAUUUGUGGCCUUGCUUCGUACUCAUCAGAACGAUUCAAGGCACCUAGUUAGACAAGCGUUGGACAUUCUUGCUCCAGUAAUGUCUGCUCGUCUAGUUGAGGACGAAGCACCUAAUAGCUGGCUCAAAUGGCCCAGACGUGUUCUUUCGGAAGAUGGGUUCAAUGUCACACAAGUUUUAAAUGUCUAUCAGUUUAUCAAUCUGCAUCCUGAUCUUUUCUUCCCCGCAAGAGAACAUUUUAUUUCAAACAUUAUUACAGCUAUGGGCAAAUUGACAAUAUUGGCGAACGCUGCUUUGGAAAAUCAAGUUCUUGCCAUUGAUUUAGCAGAACUUAUUCUAAGCUGGGAAAACCAAGUGGAUGCUAUGAAAAAGAACAAUGUACUGAAAGAUACAUCAAGUACACAGGAGCCAAAUGAAAGUGCAUCUAACGAUUUCACUACAUCUGACGAUUAUGUGAUUCCAUUCGGACAAAGAGAGGCAUGCGUUACAUUCCUUAUUCGGUAUAUUUGUAUCAGUCCACAAAGAGCUUCUGAAAGUGAACUUGGCCAAAAGGCGUUGGGUAUCUUAUACGAUUUAUUGAGCCCUGAACACUGGCCGGAAGUUUCGGUGAAGAUUACAUUCUUCGAAAAAUUCUUGCUCUCUAAUGAUUUGAAUGCGUCCAACCUUUUGGGAUACUGCUUAAAUGCAUUGGAAGUGUUGGGAGUUGUUUUGGAGUGGAAGAAACCUGAGUGGAUUAUUUCCAAUUUGGGAUACCUUCAAAAGCUUUUAGAGAAGUGCAUAAAAUCAGAGAAUCACGACAUACAAGAAGUGCUUCAAAGAGUCUUAAGAACCAUUCUUCAAGCAAUCAACACUGUGCAUGACGGCGAAUUCCCAGAAGAUGAAGACUCUGAAAUGAAAAAUUUUGUCUCCUUGCUAACAACCACAGUAUCUGAAAACUUGAGCGAUACAACAUCACUUGCUGCUGGUGUCACUUUAUCAUGGACUUUGGCAAAUUACAGAUCUAAUACACUUGAUCCGUUGUUGCCUUCAAUCAUGAGAACUUUCAAUAAACUUUGCAAAGACCACAUUGGAAUAACUCAUCAAGGGGCCUCCAGAGAAACAACCGCGAAUAGUGAUGAGGCUAAAAUCACCACAAAGCUUUUGGAGAAGAUCUUGAACUUGUGUUCAAUGAGAAUUUCCAGUUUAGGUGACCAGAGACGGAUCUUCUUGUCAUUGCUUGCGCAACUCAUUGAAAAGUCUCUUGACAAGGAUACGUUAGAGAAAAUUAUCAAGAUUGUGAAGUCUUGGGUUUUUUCUAGAACAGAUUUGUUCCCAACCACCAAAGAAAAGGCAGCCAUCUUGGCUAAGAUGAUGAUUUUUGAGAUAAGAGGAGAACCCCAUUUGUCUAAGGAGUUCUACCAGAUUAUUGUGGACAUUUUCGAAGAUGAUACAUUUAGCUGUACAGAGUUAACUGUAAGAAUGGAGCAGCCAUUUUUGGUCGGCACUCGGUCAUCUGAAGUUUCGAUUAGACGGAAACUCAUGUCUAUUUUGAACAAUAGCUUGGAGAAAGAUAUUAGCAAAAGACUUUACUACGUGAUUCGGGAGCAGAAUUGGGAAUACUUAGCUGAUUACCCAUGGUUGAACCAGGCUUUGCAACUCUUGUUUGGUGCAUUCAAUUUUGAUGACAAGUUAGAGCUCAUUUCUUCAGAAAACAAAGUUUCUCCUCUCACGGCAUUCCCAUACAAAGAGAAGGACAUUGACGUUGACAGCACCAGAGGCGAUCUAGACACACUUUUGAAGAACCACAACGAGUUUUUGAAAGAAAUCUCAAACAUUUCUGCUGGUGACGUUCUUGAACCUCUCAUUGAUAUGUUUUAUCAGAGCAGUGAAACCGUGCACAAAGUCUGGUCGAGUAUUUUCCCUAUUGCUUUUGAGUCAAUUCCACGCUCAGAGUACUUGGAUUUCACGAGGUUUUUGGUAAUCUUGUUGUCUAAGGAUUAUCACGUUCGCCAGGUCGAUACAAGACCCAAUGUUAUUCAGUCCUUAUUGGAAGGUGUAUCACGUUGCGAGGAGCUCCAACUACCUCCUUUUGCUGUCGAAUGUCUUGCAUCUAACUUCAAUGCCUGGUCGCAAGGCAUUCAUAUUCUUGAGAAAACCGAACAACAGUCGAUUAAUGGAAGUGCCGAAGUACGUGAAGUCACUCAAGAUGCGCUUGCAAAACUUUACGCUACAUUGAAGGAGGACGACAUGUUUUAUGGUCUUUGGAGAAGACGUGCAAAAUAUUCAGAAACCAUAUCUGCCUUGUCCCAUGAACAAAUUGGAAUGUGGGAUAAGGCACAGCAACUCUAUGAGACAGCACAAAUCAAAGCUAGAAGUGGUGCAUUACCUUAUGGGCAAUCGGAAUAUUCACUUUGGGAAGACCAUUGGAUUUUGUGUGCUGAGAAAUUACAACACUGGGACAUUCUUACGGAACUUGCCAAGCAUGAGGGAUUUUCAGAUCUUCUACUCGAAUGUGGUUGGAGAGUGGCCGAUUGGAACGCGGAUAGAGAAACUCUCGAGCAAACAGUGAAGAGUGUCAUGGAUGUUCCAACUCCACGUCGCCAAGUCUUUGAAACCUUCCUCUGCUUGCAAGGGUUUGGUCAAGAAAAGGAAACUUUGCCUGAACUCUCCAGAAUGUGUGACGAGGGAAUACAAUUGGCGCUUCGGAAGUGGCACAGCCUUCCCCAAAGGUUUGGCAAUGCUCAUAUUCCUUUGCUCCAUACUUUCCAACAGUAUGUUGAAUUCAUGGAAGCAAGCCAAGUGUACUCGAGUCUCGUUUCUACGAAUGCACAAAACUUGGAUGUCAAAUCACAGGAGUUGAAGAGAGUCCUCCAAGUUUGGAGAGAACGGUUACCAAAUACAUGGGAUGAUAUCAAUAUUUGGAACGAUCUCAUCACUUGGAGACAACACGCAUUCCAGGUGAUCAACAAGGUGUAUAUGCCUUUCAUUCCUAUUUUGCAACAAACAAACUCGGACGGAAAUGCUAAUUCAUAUGCCUACCGUGGAUUCCAUGAAAUCGCUUGGGUAAUCAACAGAUUUGCUCAUGUUGCUAGAAAACACAACAUGUCUGAUGUUUGCAUUAACCAACUCACUAAGAUUUACCAGCUUCCUAAUAUUGAGAUUCAAGAAGCAUUCUUGAAGUUGAAGGAGCAGGUAAAAUGCCAUUACCAGAACCCUAAUGAGCUCAAUACUGGUCUCGACGUGAUUCGUAAUACAAACUUGGUUUACUUUGCGACCCAACAAAAGGCUGAAUUCUUCACAUUGAAGGGAAUGUUUUUGAGCAAACUUAACCAAAAGGAUGAGGCGAACAAAGCGUUUGCCACUUCUGUGCAAAUCGAUCUUAAUUUGCCAAAGGCGUGGGCUGAAUGGGGUGUUUUCAACGACCGUAGAUUCAAAGAGAAUCCAAACGAUUUGGUGUAUGCCAACAAUGCAAUCAGCUGUUACUUACAAGCGGCUGGCCUUUACAAAAAUGGCAAGACCAGAAAGUUAUUGGCUAGAAUCCUUUGGCUUAUUUGUUUGGACGAUGCUUCUGGAACUUUGGCGCAAGCUUUCGAGAAUUUCAGAGGUGAAGUUCCAGUGUGGUACUGGAUCACGUUUAUUCCACAGUUAUUGAAUUCCUUGUAUUACAAGGAGGCGAAGUUGGUGAGACAAAUUCUUAUUCGUAUCGCUAAGAGCUACCCACAAGCAUUGCAUUUCCAACUUCGUACUACUAAGGAAGAUUUCGCUGCUAAGCAAAGACAACACAUGGAAUUGUCUCGCCAGAAGAACCAAUCUUCUCUUCACACUUCUGUGGAUCCCAAAGAUACUUCGGGUAGCCCUGAAUCCAAAAGCGGAUCGAAUGGUAAUGGAUCCAAACCUGAAAUCAAGGUCGAAAACGCCGAAGACACACUGGGUGAUAAAACUUCAGCAGAUCGCAGCUCUGAGACUCAAAAUGGAGCAUCUUCGAACGAAUCGAAGGAUGGUCAAGCAGACAAGCAAUCAUCUGCAAACGGCGAGGGUACUAAUCAAGGAAAGCAAAGCGUGGAUGGAAAAAUCCCUGCUUCAGGUAACAUCCGUCGUUCUUGGGAAUAUGUGGAAGAAAUUAUGGGCAUAUUGAAGACUGCUUAUCCAUUGCUCGCGCUUUCGUUGGAAUCUUUGGUUGAUCAAAUCAAUCAGAGAUUCAAAUGCACUGCUGACGAAGACGCUUACAGAUUAGGUGUAGCAUUGUUGAAUGAUGGUGUUCAAUACCUUAAUAGGCUUGGAAACCCUCGAGAAGAUGCAAAAUUGCCUCCAGUGACCGAGGUAAACAUUACACGGUUCGCGGAAACUGUGCUCCCUAAGCAAAUCAGGGCAGAGUUUGAGAAGGAUUUGGUACUUGAGAAGCCAAACUUGGAAACAUACAUUGUGAAGUUGAGAAAGUGGAGAGACCGCUUAGAGGACAAGUUGGAUCGUAGGUUCACCGAGGUCAACUUGGAAAACUUAUGUCCACAUUUGAGCGAGUUCCACCACCAAAAGUUCGAGGAAAUUGAAGUUCCUGGCCAGUACUUGUUGAACAAAGAUAGCAACUCGCAUUUCGUCAAGAUUGAACGUUUCCUGCCUACGAUCGAUUUGGCCCGUGGAACGAAUGCUUGUUAUAAACGGAUGAAGAUCCGUGGUAAUGACGGCAGCUUGCAUAGCUUCGCUGUUCAAUUCCCGGCUGCGAGACACUGUCGCCGGGAAGAGUCGUUGUUCCAGCUAUUCAGAAUUUUCGACGACAAAUUGUCGAAAAAGGUGGAAACUCGUCGCCGGAACAUUCUGUUCACUCUCCCAAUUGCAGUUCCUUUAUCUCCACAUAUUAGAAUCAUCAACGACGAUUCGAGAGACGUUAGCAUGCAGAAGAUAUACGAGGAUUUCUGUUUCCGCAAUGGUAAGAACAGAGACGAGCCGUUCAUUUACACGAUUGAAAAGUUACGUGCUGCUUUUGAUCCAAGAUUACCCAAGCCUGAUGUGAUGAGCAUCAGAGUGGAAAUUUUAGGAGCAAUCCAAACACUCUUGGUUCCGUCAACGGUAAUGAAAAACUACUUUGUGGAUCUCUACCCUAACUUUGAAGAUUUCUGGUUGUUCCGCAAGCAGUUUACUUCGCAAUAUGCGUCCUUCAUUUUCACCACUUACAUGAUGUGUGUCAACACAAGACAGCCUCAAAAGAUUCAUGUCAACAGAGGAUCUGGUAACGUGUGGACCUCGGACAUGUUGCCAUGUAAGAUUGCUAGCAAGAAUGCAUCUUUGGAUGGUCUGAAUGGAAGACCGGCUCCUUUGUUCUACAACGCAGAGAUGGUUCCGUUCAGAUUGACUCCAAACAUUCAAAAGUUGAUUGGUGAGUCCGGUCUCGAAGGAAUCUUAUCCGUGUACGUGUUGGCUAUCGCCAAAGCAUUAACAGAGCCCCGCUCAGACUUGGAGCAGUACUUGACUCUAUUUGUGCGGGAUGAGGUAAUUUCUUGGUUCACUCAACAAGAUCCUCCACGCCCAAUUCCACAGGAUAGCCAAUUGCGCGAGAUCGUCAUGGUCAAUGUUGAGCUUAUUAUCAAACGUGUUGUUUCGAUGGCACAAAGUGCUUCGGGAUCAGGAGUAAGCACGCAGAAUGUAUUGGAAUUGAUAGCACAAGCUGUUAAUCCACAUAAUCUUGCAGCUGCAGAUACAUUGUGGAUGGCUUACUUUUAG